AUGUCAGCAUCAGCGCAGCUUGGGGCUCAGGGCGACCUGGACAGCGCGGUCGAGGCUGUAGUGAGGGGCUUGCACGCCAAUGGCACAAAAGUUGUGUGCUAUGUGACGGGAGGAGCGUCCCAGGCGGUCGCCUGGCUGCUCGGCGUACCGGGCGCGUCCGCCACCAUGCUGGAGGUGACAGUGCCCUACUGCCGAGACAGCUUGGUGGAGCUCUUAGGGGAGGAGCCCGCCCAGUUCUGCAGCGCGGCGGCCGCCGCCGCCAUGGCGCGCGCGGCGUACCGCCGCGCCGCCGACCUCACCCCCUUUGGCACGCCCAUCCUCGGCGUCGCCGCCACCUGCGCGCUGGCGUCGGACCCGCCGAAACGGGGGGAGCACCGCGCUUAUGUGGCGGCUUGCAGCGGCGAUGAGUCGCGCGUCGCGUGGGUGCUUGCGCAGGCGUCCUCAUCAGAGCCCACAGACCCCGGCCUAGGCCUCAUCCCGCAGCCAUCCGCUGGCAGAGCGACUGGGAGCGGCGCAGAUGACGGCAGCGGCCUUGCCAGCGCAGCUGCAGCAGGCGCCCCUCAGCAGCAGGAGCAGCAACAGCAGCAGCAGCAGCAGCAGCAGCAGCAGCAGCAGCAGCAGCAGCAGCAGCAGCAGCAGCAGCAGCAGCAGCAGCAGCAGCAGCAGCAGCAGCAGCAAGCUGGGGCUGGCUCCACGGACCCCGCGUGGGACGAACUGCAGGAGACCGUGUCGCCCGGCCCUGACCCUCUGGGCGAGCUGCUCGCCGGCCGCGCGCGCUGCGUCGAGUACAGCGGGGGCCGGGUGUUCGUGGACGCCCCGCGGUCAGGCAGGGUGUACCUGCCGGGAAGCUUCAACCCGCUGCAUGACGGCCACCGGCAGCUGCUGGCGGCGGCGUGCAGGGCGGCGGGGAAGGGGCCGGAGGCGGGCUGCUUCGAGCUGUCGGUUGGGAACGCUGACAAGGCGAGCGGUCGUGGCAUGCUGCCGAUAGAGGAGGUGCGGCUGCGGGUCACGCAGUUCACGGCCACGGACACGCCCGUCGUGGUGACGUCAGCGCCGCUGUUUGUGAACAAGGCGGCCCUCUUCCCCCGCAGCCUGUUCGUCGUCGGCGCGGACACGGCGGCGCGGCUGGUGCUGCCAAAGUACUACGGGGACAGCGAGAUAGGGAUGGCCCUGGAAUUCUCCCUCAUGCGCAACAACGGCUGCGCCCUCCUGGUCGCCGGCCGCGCGGACGGCGCCACGGGCCAGUUCCUGCAGCUUUCAGACAUUCAAGUGCCCGCGACCCUGGUGGUGAGCGCGGGCGGACACCCAAAGCAUGCCAUUGCCUGCCGCAGCUGCUGCCCCUCGCACGACGCCCACAACCUGGAGCAGAUCGCCGCCGCUCGGCGCAAGCUGAGUCAGCAAAACGUGCCUUUGUCGCGUCACGAGGGCCCGUUUGACCGGUAA